UGUUGUUCACCUGCGGCCGCACCGGGAUCGCCCGGGCACUGCUUCCCCAGCUGGCGGAGGCUGCAGGUGCCGGGCUGCCAGCGGCGGGGGCAGAGCCCGGGCGGGAUGCAGCGCUGGCAGCGGGCCCCGGCGGCGCGGCGGCGCUGGGCGCUGCUGCUCGGGCCGCUGGCGCUGCUGGCCGCCGCGCUGGGGCUGCGCGGCACCGCCCGCCCCGGCCCCGCCGACCGCUCGCGCCUCUACCGCGGGCUGGAGCUCUCCCCCAGCCGCGGCAUCAACUGCUCGGGGGUGGUCCGCGGCGACCAGACAGCCAUCGAGAGGGCGCAGCUCAACAACCUGGAGGUGGCGAAGAGAAGGGUUUCACCGACGCCCGGCGAGUACCUGAACAUUACGAGGGACUGCAGAGCCUUCAAGGAGAGCCGGCGCUACAUCGAGUUCCCGCUCAGCCAGGAGGAGGAGGAGUUCCCCAUCGCCUACUCCAUGAUCAUCCACCACAAAAUCGACAUGUUUGAGCGGCUCCUGCGGUCCGUCUACGCCCCCCAGAAUCUCUACUGCGUCCAUGUAGACAGCAAAGCCCCGGCCGCCUUCCAGGAGGCCGUGAGGGCCAUUGCCGCCUGCUUCCCCAAUGUCUUCGUGGCCAGCCGCCUGGAGAGCGUGGUCUACGCCUCCUGGUCGCGGGUGCAGGCCGACCUCAACUGCAUGCAGGACCUGCUGCAGAGCCCCGUGCCGUGGCGCUACCUCAUCAACACCUGCGGCACCGACUUCCCCAUCAAGACCAACGCCGAGAUGGUGCGGGCGCUGCAGCUGCUGCAGGGCCAGAACACCAUGGAGUCGGAGAGGCCCUCGGCCGCCAAGCAGCAGCGCUGGCAGUACCACCACGAGGUGGGCGAGACCAUCUCCCGCACUGCCCAGAAGAAACCGCCCCCGCCCCACAGCUACCCCAUGUUCACGGGCAGCGCGUACAACGCCCUCACACGGGACUUCGUGCGGUACGUCUUCGAGAACCCCACAGCACAAAAGUUCCUCGAGUGGUCCAAGGACACCUACAGCCCUGACGAGUACGUCUGGGCCACCCUGAACCGCAUGCCGGGCGUGCCGGGGGGCACGCCCCUCAGCGAUAAGUUCCAGCUCUCGGACAUGAACGCCCUUCCCCGCCUGGUCAAGUGGGAGUACCUGGAGGGGGACAUCAGCAAGGGCGCGCCCUACCCGCCCUGCACCGGCCGCCACCAGCGCUCCAUCUGCAUCUACGGGGUGGGCGACGUGCCCUGGAUGCUGCAGCAACACCAUCUCCUGGCCAACAAGUUCGACCCCGAGGUGGACGAUGCGGCCGUCCAGUGUCUCGAGGAGUACCUGCGCCACAAGGCCCUGUACGGCCGGGGGCUCUGAGGGGGAGGGAGCCGCGGACACUCUGGCCAGCACCUGCUGCCUUCCGUGGGCGAGCGCACCACGGCGCCUCGGGGACAGCGGCAGAGGAUGCCCUGAGGGGCCCCGAGGAGAAGCCCCGCGGGGCUCUCACAGGGCCGGACGGACGGACAGACGGGCGGGGCGGCCCGGCGGAGCGAAGGGCCGGUGCGGAAGGGCGGGAGGCUCAGCCCCGGCCCGCGGGGGCCCUCACGGGGCUCUCCCCAGAGCCGCCCGAGGAGGCGGGCGCGGCCCUGUGCAGCCCCUUCCGAGUCUGUGGGCAAAGGGCAGCCCGACUCACGGUGCCCCCAGGUGUCAUCUCCGGCAGAGAUGAAACGAUGAUUAAUUUGCUUUUCCACACAGCACCUGGCAGCCGCCCGCCCGUUCGUGGCACCCGCAGCGCUGCUCAGCUGAACAUCUGGCGGCUGAUUUCGCCUCACUUUAAACUUCUACUCUAUCAAAACUCGUUAAUCGUUAAAAGCCAACCUUCAAUAAAAUCCAAGGUAGUAAAA